AUGCUCAGAGCAAACGGAUAUGACCUGUACUCUGAACAAUACCGUGAUUUCCACCAAACAGAUGAAACCACGAAAAAACCAGAAAGUCCAGAAAAAGUGGACACUUCUGAGGUGUCAGUUGAAUCCCCAAUGGAUAUUCCACAUGUUGGUCAACCGGAAGAAGUGGAUAGAGUUUCCAUCCCAAAACUGAUGGACCUAAAACUCGAAUGCCCUCCACAUCUUCUACAAAAAGUUGCUCCAAAAGUGGUCAAACCAAAGGAGAAACCCACUAAACAGAUGGGUAAAGCACGCAAAGUGCCAACUGGAAAACCAGAGGAACUGGUCGUGAAAGGUACGAGAAUGGUUCCAAAAAGAGUUCCAAUCGUACAUUCAAGACGGUAGAAGCUUCCAAAGAUUGGAGUGGAUCACCGACGUCCUGACAGCCGCCAUACAAAAAGGCCUCUGUUGGGGACACCCAGGCAAUCGAGAAGAUUGUGAAAAAGAUGCCCACCCUUGGAAGUGGAAGAGGGUGAGAUGGCAACGCAAACGGAUCCAAAAAAAGGAUUCCCAAGAAGGGUAACAGCAACCCGACUGGAGAUGGUGACAGCCGCAAAGGGCCACCAGUCUCUCAAAGGGACUCGUACUGGCAAAACCGGACGAAGACCUUUAACCAACUGAUCGGCAAAGAAUCGAAGCAAUGCGAGAUCCCGAUCAGUCAACUUGAACAGUUCUUCAAGAAAACCACCUCUGUCACAAAUGUAACAAAAAGAGGUUCUGGAAUCAAAAAAAGUUCCAAAAUCCCAAAGAUAAAAAGUGGGACAGUGGAUUGUAGACCCAUUCACUGAACAGGAAUUGGCAGUUGCUCUUAAGAAAACCAAAGACACUGCUCCUGGAGUUGACGGACUGAGAUACCAUCAUCUAGAAUGGUUCGAUCCUGAUCACAGAAUUCUGACGCCCCUGUACAAUGAAUGCAAGGAGCAUCGGAAGAUUCCAUCACAUUGGAAAGAGGCAGAAACGAUCCUUCUAUACAAAGGAGGAGACGAAUCUAAGCCCGAGAACUGGAGACCAAUCAGUCUCAUGCCAACCAUCUACAAACUAUAUUCGAGUUUGUGGAACCGAAGAAUCCGGUCAGUGAAGGGUGUCAUGAGCAAGUGUCAAAGGGGAUUCCAAGAGCGGGAGGGUUGCAAUGAAAGCAUUGGAAUCCUUAGAACCGCGAUUGAUGUGGCGAAGGGCAGGAAAAAGAACCUGUCAGUCGCCUGGCUCGACCUUACCAAUGCGUUCGGUUCAGUGCCACAUGAGCUCAUCGAGCACACUCUGGAAAAGUAUGGAUUCCCAGAAGAAAUCGUCCACGUCAUAAAAGACAUAUACAAUGGGGCAUCCAUCCGAGUAAAGAGUAAAAAUGAAAAGAGUAACCAGAUCAAGCUGAAUUCUGGGGUGAAACAAGGAGAUCCCAUUUCACCAACGCUUUUCAACAUGUGUCUAGAAGGUGUCAUCAGAAAACACCUGGAUACGUCCUCAGGCCACAAGUGUCUCAAGACAAAGGUCAAAAUACUGGCAUUUGCGGACGACAUGGCCAUAUUGUCUGAUUCCAAGAAACAACUCCAGGAAGAGUUGGAGAGAAUGGAUGAUGACUGUACCCCACUCAAACUCAUAUUCAAACCGAGCAAAUGCGCUAGUUUGAUAAUUGAGAAGGGCAAGGUACGACCUGAAGCACAAAUAAUGCUGAAGGGUGAACCCAUUCGAAAUCUCGCUCCAAAAGACACCUACAAAUACCUGGGGGUCCAAACAGGAGUCGAGACUAGAAUAUCAGAGCUCGAAUUGCUGACCAAAGUCACCAAAGAGCUGGAGAAGGUAAACACAAGCGACCUAACUCCACCACAGAAACUCGACUGUGUAAAAGCCUUUGUGCUACCGAAAUUGACAUAUAUGUACGCCAAUUCGGUACCAAAGAUGACAGAGUUGGGUCAAUUUGCCAACAUGACGAUGAGGGCAGUAAAGGUUAUGCACUCAAUCCCAGUCCGAGGAUCCCCGCUAGAGUAUAUCCAAAUACCAACUAGUAAAGGGGGACUCGGCGUUGCGUGUCCAAGAAUAACCGCAGAAAUCACUUUCUUAGUGUCCACAAUGAAAAAAAGUUGUGGUCCUCAGACCAGUACAUCCAAAGACUGUACCGGGAAUAUCUGGAGGAAGUGACCCGAAUCGAAACGGGCAAAGAUCAGGUCACCCUAGGCGACCUGGCGGCCUAUCUCAGCAACGAGAUACCAAUCGAUAAAAAGGCGUUCGGUUUCAGUUGUUUCACAAGACUACGCGAAGUAUGCAACAGUCUGUGGAAAAUCAAGUCCGCUCCUUUGCAUAAGGUGAAAAUUGUUGAGUUCGAAGGUGAAUUGGCAAUCUCCGUACAAGCAAUCGAGAAAGGCAACGAGAGAAUCUUUACCAAAGAGAAUGUAAAGAAACUCCAACAACUGCUAAAAGGAGAAGUGAAUGACGCUCUCUCUCACAGAUUCACGACCGAGAAAGUUGUGAAGAGUGAGGUAGUCCGAGUCAUCCAGCAGUAUCCCUCAGUGCAACAGCUUUGUCAGAAAAAGGUGGCAAAGUGAGUCGAGCAGCACACAAAUUUGUGCACAGAGCUCGCUCUCAACUUGUUGUCGUGCAACUAUAACACGUACGACAACACAAAGUCAAAAAGAAUGCAGAAGAUGUCAUUAUGAGAAUGAAACUCAGUGGCACAUCCUACAAAGUUGCACUUUCGGACUCCCGAAAAAAAUCACUGAAAGACAUGAUGCAGUGCUCAUGAAAGUGAAAAACUCAUCGAAGCUGGUUCAAAGAAAGACUGGAAACUGAAAAAUAGAUCAGGAAAUACCAGGAUUCACCAGACUUCGACCAGACAUCUACAUGAGAAGUCCAGAUGGAAAAGAAAUCAUCAUGGCCGAUGUAGCCUGCCCAUAUGAGCAUGGUGUGGAAGCCAUGAAAAGAAGCUGGGACAAAAAGGUUCAGAAGUACUCUGACGGUUUCAGCAAUCUCAAGGCUCAGGGCAAAAAGCUUACUGUCCUACCAAUAAUAGUUGGAUCUCUCGGAAGUUGGUGGAAGCCCACAACUGACAGUCUGAAAAAGUUGGGAAUAGAGGAUGCAGUGAUCCGUAAAGUGAUUCCUGAAUUGUGUUCUACAGUAUUAGAAUACAGCAAGAACGCUUAUUGGAACCACAUCUUCGGAGACUCCUACACUGAAAUUCCACUCAAAUUCGGAGACGAGAAACCAAAAGGCAACUCCUGGAAAAAGGAAAGAGCAAAACAUGCUCCGACCCUUCCGGGGACGUAGCCGGGUUCGAAGUCAACAUGCCAAAAGACCUGGCUCUGAAUGGACAUGGAUAGGACUGAAAACGAGACUGAUUAAUGGAAUGAGUAACCUGAAAAACCAAUCCAAAUUGAUCGAUAUAUCGAUAUUGUGAAUUUCCAGGAGAAAUCGCAAUAAAUUUCUUUCAAAUUACCACCUGAUUCCCAAAAAGGAACAGACCAUAGCCACAAAGAUGGCAGCUGACCCUUAAAAAGGUGUGAUGACAGGAUCAUAAACACAAGAGUCACAAAAAGGCAUCUAACUAGACAAAAUAGUUGGGUGCCGAUCCCCUCUUGAGACUGUGCAAAGAACACAGUCUAGAACAGACGGGAAGACUGAUCUAAAACGCACAAAGGUGCCAGGUUGGUAUUACUGUUUCAUGAAGCUUGUUCCCAAAGUUCAGCCUCGCCUUUUUCUCUUUAGUACUUCCUAACCGAGUACGUAGGGUAAAGAAAGGGUCGAACGGGAAGGAACAAAAAGAGCUGAUUGAUCAGAUUCCUCAUUCCAAUGCGAAUGGGAUGGCCGUGAGGCUACAGGCGGGUAACUCAGUCAGAUGCUAGCGAUCUUCGGAUCCAACGGCGCUGACACAGCAUGAGGAACCCUGGGUUCGUUGGAGAUAAAACUCAAAUGGGCUGGAAAUGGCUUAAUCACAAUGGAUGACCACUGCCUUGCAACCACUUAAACCAGUGGGCUAUGCGGGUGGGUCAAUCUGAAAUUGUGUGACCAUAUCCUGACUCGGCAAUAUCUACUCAAGGCUCUGAGAGCAAGUACAUAAUGGCCCUUCCCUACUAUAAACUCCCAAGCAAUUGGUGGCCCCGUUCGGCGGGUAAUUACCACUGUUGCGCCCCAGGCUCGCCCACGAAACUGAGAAUGACCUAAUGCAAAUUAGCGUCUUGUUUAAUUUUGGAUCGUCUCCUUUAGGGGAGACAAAAGAACUAACAGAAGAAAAAGUUGGAUGAUAAUUGAUGAACUUUAUGGCCUAAUAUUUCGGCCCAACAGGCCAAAAUAAGGCCCUACUCUCCCAUGUUGGCCGAUAUUGUCGGGAGAGUAGAAUCUCGCGGUCCCUGGACAUGUCGGUUGCUCACAAAACAUUUGUCGAUACGCGCGCUGUUAGUUUUGGUUUAAUUACCCAAGUUUUGAGUCAGUUCAUCUUGGGAUUAAACCACCCUGCCUUCUGGAUCUAUUCCCCCCCCGCCAUAUUCACACUAUGACCGAGCUAGGUACGACCGAAUUGCUCCAAAACAGCAUUAUUCGCUCCUCUGCCGCCCGUAGGUCCCAGUGUACUUCCCCGGAGCACAUGUUGUUCCAAACCCUUGAUUCCCUUAACGGAAUUGCUCACAGGAUGAGCUCCGCCCAUAACGGUGGAAACCCCAAUUCUCAUAACAGAAUUGCUCACAGGAUGAGCCCCGCCCAUAAUGGAAUGGCUCACAGGAUGAGCCCCGCCCAUAAUGGAAUUGCUCACAGGAUGAGCUCCGCCCAUAACGGUGGAAACCCCAAUUCUCAUAACAGAAUUGCUCACAGGAUGAGCCCCGCCCAUAAUGGAAUUGCUCACAGGAUGAGCCCAGCCCAUAAUGGAAUUGCUCACAGGAUGAGCCCCGCCUAUAAUGGUCUAAAAAGUGCAUUUAGUAUUCGCAUAAACGAAUAUUAUCUGCCGCCGAAGUCAAAUGACAGAAGCUCCGCCCCAAAAAGUGGAGAAUUGAAGUCAAAUGACGGAAGCACCGGCAAUCUCAAAAAGGAAAGCCUUCCAAAGAUCCUCUGUGAAGUGGAAAGUCUGGGAAAUUGUAUAGUUGUAGGUAAAACUCCCGCAACUCAAUCGAUUCUCUCGUCUGACCCCUCAGAAAUCGACAAUCUGGCAAAGGACCAGGCCGACUCCCAGGUCUCGUGGAAGACCAUCUCUGACCAUAGAAUUAGAGGUGGCGCAAUGAGAGAAAGAGUAAGGAACGAUCCAAACGUUUACACGAUGGUAUUAUUGAAAAAGACAAGCGACUCCCAAACCGUCGUGUGUCAACUACAAUAUCCAACAGAUAAACUGGUUUGUUGUUACCACCGGGGAUGUGAAACCCGUUCCCAAGCAGGACUUGGAGCGGAAGAAUUGAAAUACUUGACUAGACAUUUGGAAAAGGUCCAUGCUGUCAAAAAGGUCAAGUGGACUUACAUUUGUACGAUCUGCGGGGAGACCCCCAAUGAAAAUCUUGCAUACCCGUCCAGAUGGAUGAAAACGCAUCUGGAAAAAGUCCAUAACAAAGAAGCCGAAAAGAAAUUUAGUAUCGGAAGCGGUACUAGAUCUCGAGCGGCCAGUGCACUGAAUGAUUCAGCACCAUCUUUAGCACCUCCUAGGAAGACAACGUCCAGAAAGACCGAGUCCAAGGUGAUAGAGUUUUUCGACUCCUGAAAAAGAUUACAGAGUUGGAAAGCAAGAUUCAAACGAGAGGAGUGGCAAAGUCCCUCAGUGCUCUGAAAGAAUCGGUAACAAAGAAAGAAAGAGAGGAAGUUGGCCAGAAACCAAAACUUGCUCCUAUCCUUGAAAAAGCUGAAAAGAAAAGUGCUCGGAAAAGCCUAGCGAAUGUUCUGAAAACGGAGACAACAUCAAGUUCCAGAAACAGCUCUAUCGGAGCGGACUGCGACCUGAAAAUGCUGACCGGAAUUGAGAGAAUAAAAGCGGCUCGAGAGCAAAGCUCAAAGCAGGCUCGCCUUUCUAUUCAGAAAAGGAUGAGUUUGUCAGCAGUGGGAAAAAUCUCCAAAAAAAGGGAGCCACAAACAAAGGAAUUGGAAAAAGAAACCAUUCCUGAUCCAGUAGUGACGACAAUGGAAAACCCCAUUGAAUCGGAAGCGCUGGAAGAAGAAGAAGACCUGAACAGAACUUUUUGUCAUCGAUGAUGAUGAUGAAAUAGUCUCGAGAAGGUUCAACACAUGGUGCCUGGACCAUGAAACCUCAAAGGAGGCAUGGUUAAGUGACGACAUCAUAUUCUGGUAUCUGAAGCAUCUUUGCGCAAAAAAAGCACAAAGUAUGAAACUUUGGAUCCAAUUAUGUGGGAAAUGUACAAAAGAGAAGGAAUCAUGCUCAUAAAGCAAAAAAACUUUGGAGCACGAAAACCUACUUUUUUUCCCAGUUUGCGAAAAAUAACCACUGGAUCCUUUUUGGUGAUAAGCUUAACUGGAAUCUGGUACGCAAACAGCUUCCUACGUGAACCCGAAGGAAAAGUUCAACAGUUUAUUGAGGAAUUGGGGACUGAACGGAAAAAAAGUUCGACACUCCAAAUCCCUGCCAGACAGAUGGCAUAAACUGCGGUGUUCAUGUAUGCCUGAUGGCAAAAAUCAUGUCUAAAUGACGACUAUUGGUAUACCGAAAAAAAGAGGUCCAAUCGUUCCGAAAAAGAUGUGAAAAAAAGAUGCUCAGAGCAAACGGAUAUGACCUGUACUCUGAACAAUACCGUGAUUUCCACCAAACAGAUGAAACCACGAAAAACCAGAAAGUCCAGAAAAAAAGUGGACACUUCUGAGGUGUCAGUUGAAUCCCCAAUGGAUAUUCCACAUGUUGGUCAACCGGAAGAAGUGGAUAGAGUUUCCAUCCCAAAAACUGAUGGACCUAAAACUCGAAUGCCCUCCACAUCUUCUACAAAAAAAGUUGCUCCAAAAGUGGUCAAACCAAAGGAGAAACCCACUAAACAGAUGGGUAAAGCACGCAAAGUGCCAACUGGAAAAACCAGAGGAACUGGUCGUGAAAGUACGAGAAUGGUUCCAAAAAGAGUUCCAAUCGUACAUUCAAGACGGUAGAAGCUUCCAAAGAUUGGAGUGGAUCACCGACGUCCUGACAGCCGCCAUACAAAAAGGCCUCUGUUGGGGACACCCAGGCAAUCGAGAAGAUUGUGAAAAAGAUGCCCACCCUUGGAAGUGGAAGAGGGUGAGAUGGCAACGCAAACGGAUCCAAAAAAAGGAUUCCCAAGAAGGGUAACAGCAACCCGACUGGAGAUGGUGACAGCCGCAAAGGGCCACCAGUCUCUCAAAGGGACUCGUACUGGCAAAACCGGACGAAGACCUUUAACCAACUGAUCGGCAAAGAAUCGAAGCAAUGCGAGAUCCCGAUCAGUCAACUUGAACAGUUCUUCAAGAAAAACCACCUCUGUCACAAAUGUAACAAAAAGAGGUUCUGGAAUCAAAAAAAGUUCCAAAAUCCCAAAGAUAAAAGUGGGACAGUGGAUUGUAGACCCAUUCACUGAACAGGAAUUGGCAGUUGCUCUUAAGAAAACCAAAGACACUGCUCCUGGAGUUGACGGACUGAGAUACCAUCAUCUAGAAUGGUUCGAUCCUGAUCACAGAAUUCUGACGCCCCUGUACAAUGAAUGCAAGGAGCAUCGGAAGAUUCCGUCACAUUGGAAAGAGGCAGAAACGAUCCUUCUAUACAAAGGAGGAGACGAAUCUAAGCCCGAGAACUGGAGACCAAUCAGUCUCAUGCCAACCAUCUACAAACUAUAUUCGAGUUUGUGGAACCGAAGAAUCCGGUCAGUGAAGGGUGUCAUGAGCAAGUGUCAAAGGGGAUUCCAAGAGCGGGAGGGUUGCAAUGAAAGCAUUGGAAUCCUUAGAACCGCGAUUGAUGUGGCGAAGGGCAGGAAAAAAAGAACCUGUCAGUCGCCUGGCUCGACCUUACCAAUGCGUUCGGUUCAGUGCCACAUGAGCUCAUCGAGCACACUCUGGAAAAGUAUGGAUUCCCAGAAGAAAUCGUCCACGUCAUAAAAAGACAUAUACAAUGGGGCAUCCAUCCGAGUAAAGAGUAA